UAAUGUGUAAUGUACAUAAGUAUGACUAUAAUUCACUAAAUAAAUGUAUUUUAGUUUAUUCAUGAUCAUUAUAAUUAAUAUUGUAUUUAGUUCAUUUAAAGUAACGUUUGUAUCCUAAUUUUACUACUUCCGCUAUCAAAUACAAAUAUUUAAUGUGUAUAAAUAGUACCAUAAAUCAUUAAUUAAUUUUGUUACUCAGUCCAUAAUUAUUAUUAUUAUAGUAUAGUAUUUAGUUAAUAUUAAGUAUUGUUGCUGACUUCCCAUUGGCCAAGGCGGGAACAUCUUGGUCAAUGCGACGUCCGCCGCAUUGCGGUAGGGGAAGUUUUCGUUAUGGGUAACGGUGUCGAGGAGCGCAGUCUCGCUGCAGAAUCGAAACCGUUAACAUUGUCCUAACCACUGUAUCGGAUAUCUUGUUACCUACUUAUUAUUGUAAUAAUUACUGUGCCUAACUAUUAUAAGAAGAAGUUAUAAUAAAUCAAGAGUGAAGUAUUUUCGUGUUCGUAUUUCAACAACCCGCUGUCCUUCUGAGUUUAUGAUAGAGCCUUAUCAUAUCUCAGAAGUGGGAUCUGAAAAAAACGCCUGCAAAACGAAGUGUGAACCAUGGGCAAGGAUAAAGCCUACCGACGUCGUCGGUCCAAGUCUCGGAAGGCGAGGGAAUCCUGCCACCAUGCAGUGGUUUCUGAUGAAGACCGGAGCCGCAGCCAGUCCAGAGGUCGCUCUCCAACCCGGUCCCCGUGCAUCCGGCGUUCAAGACGGAGGAGGUCGCGCUCGAGGUGCUCACGGCGCUCAAGAUCUACUUCAAGGCGGCCAGAUUCACGUGAGCAUAUCAGAUUUAAUAAUUCCAAGGAUAGAAGGUUAUCACCUAAAUCAAGAUCAAGGUCGAGGUCUAGACUAAACGUACCGCAAUCGCCUGUAUCUAAUGUAGCUAAUAAGAAUAAUAGCAAUGAUGUCCAGAAUAUGUUUUUUCAGAAAUUUAUUGAUGUAAUGAGCAAUUUAAAGACUAGUAGCGACAGUGACAAGUUCCCGGUCCUAAAUGUUGUGCCCGAAUUUGACCCUUUAAAUAAGGAACAGACUGUAGAUGCAUGGAUUCAUAAGGUAGAUGAAUGCGCUCAAAUAUACGGAUGGAGUGAUAGGCAGAUAGUUUAUUACGCGAUGUCCAAGCUUCAGGGUAUAGCAAAAACAUGGUAUCAGGGGUUACCUUCUCUACUUCAUUCGUGGUCCGAAUGGAAAAUAAAGCUGCGUGAAUCUUUCCCAACGAGGGAAAAUUACGCAGAAUUAUUAACGGAAAUGCUAGCCAAACGUGUCCGUUACGGAGAAUUUUUGGAUCUAUAUUAUUAUUCAAAAAUGAACCUCUUGAAUCGUUGCGAAAUCACAGGUAGACGCGCAGUAGACUGCUUGUUAGCUGGUAUUGAUGAUCGGAAUGUACGGGUAGGUGGGCAAAGUGCCGAGUUUAAUGAACCUGAACAAGUUCUCAAGUUUUUGAAAUCCAUUAAGGUAGGACAUGAUAGAACCAAUAACGACGUCGCGAGGAAUAGGGACAGGGAAAAACUGAAUAAUAACCCAACUCAUUCUAAUGAUAGAUCUGCUAAUACCUUUCUAAACUCCAAUAAUAAUAAUUUACUAUGCUAUAACUGCAAUGAGAAGGGUCAUCCAUCUUUGCGCUGCCCAAAGCCCAGGCUUCAAUGCACAAAUUGCAAACUACUAGGCCACUUAGUCGCGGACUGCCCUAAAUCGAAAAAUAGUAUUGCCACAGACGAUAAGAGUAAAAGCGGUUAAACGUUGAUAACGGGUUCAAUACUAGCCUUAAAUAUAAGAUGCCUGCCAAAAUCAAUAAUCAGUUGUUGCAUUGUUUAGUUGAUUUAGGUAGCGAAGGUACUUUGAUACGAGUUAGCGAAGCCAAACGGCUACAAUUGAAAUGGCAGGAUGUAAGUGGCCCAUUGCUAAAAGGCAUUGCUGACGCUGCAUCCUAUUGGUUCGUUAUAUGCAACUGUUGAGAUACAGGGGACUACCAAACAUAAUGUAAACAUUCUUGUGGUCGAUGACCAUAUCAUACCAUGCCCCUCUUAUUAGGUCACACAUUUACAGAACGCCCUACCAUUAAAAUCAUAAAAACGGGCACAGAUGUGAUAUUCCAAAAAUCAGACCCUUACAGAACCGUAAAAUGCACACUUGUUAGCUCUAGUGAUAUUUUGUUGGGGUCUCGCGAAAUUAAAUAAGUACCAGUAAAGUCUUAAUGGAUAUACCGGUUAAAGGAUGGCACAUGUAGAUGCGUUGAGUAGGUGACCUAGUUAGGAUCAUACGUGCAACAACUGGAAUCGAGGGACAGUCUAAGAAACUUGAAUCUAAAUGUAGAGGUCCCUACCGUAUCAAGAAAGUACUUCCGAAUGUCCGAUACGUAGAAGACACGAAAGCGUAAAUGAUAAAAGGCUAUAAUCGCGGUAGAUAAAAUAUUUCCCUGGCUUUCUAUCACACAGUCUGUUUCUUCUGAUGAGACGUCAUCAGUCUGAUAAUGAGACUCGUAAUGGGUCUGAUGCUUCUUGAAUACCUAUGUUUUUAGGCUUGUUACUGUCACUACUAAUUAGGCAUCCACAACAAUUAAGGGUAAAAACUAAAUUAAGUUUGUUGUGCUGGUUAAGGUCGUCAACCGGCACAGCAGUCAUUAUUGCCGGUAACGGUCAACGUCAUGGACCGGGCAACUGGCUUAAACGCCCUAGUUAAGGUCAUGAACUAGAUGAUCAUUAUGUAAGGAUGAUUAUGAAUGAAUGAAUGUAUAUUAUACAUAUUAUGUCUAAAGGAUGUAUGGACAAAAUGUCUGCACUCUAGUUAGUCAUGACCUAGAUGGUCAAUAAGUAAGGUUAUGACUUAUGAUAUAAAUUAAUGUAUAUAAUAUUAUGUCUAAGGAUGUGAGGACUAAAUAUAAUAUGCACUCUAGUUAAGGUUAUGAACUAAAUGGUCGUUAAGUAGGGUUAUGAUUAUGAAUGUAUAUAAAUGCCUAAGGAUGUAUAAUAACUUGUAUAAUAUGGAA